AUGUCCAUCCUCAGGCUCGUCCUCACACGGACAUCACCGUCACCAACAGCUCACAUCUUCCCCACCUUGCGAUCAUGUCCACUCCGAACGCAGCUUCUCCGGAAAUCUCUGCCGCAGCAGGCCCCAAGACGGCCGUUCGCCUCCUCCGCACCCGGUAGCCGCGCCGGCCGCCCAACGACCACCGUCUCAAAUCCCGUCGCCUCAAAACCGGCCGCCGCCGGCCCAGGGAGUUCGGCUUCGGCCCAGCAGCAGCACUUGCCCGAGAGGUUACUCAUCUACCAGGCCGGCACAGGCAAGAUAGGUUUCGUGGCCGGCCUCAAGAUCACCACAAUCUUCGUAGCCGCCGUCUUCGCGCUCGUCAUGGAGCCGGCCAUGUUGCGAAGCGACACAUCCUUGACUGACAUUGGCAUGGCAUGCAAGUUCUCACCCUCUCACCCUCUCGCCAUCCACAAACAUUCUUCACAUCAUCUUGACACCUACCUAUAUCAACGUCAAAAAGCUAACCUCGCCAUCCCAGCCGUCUGCGCCCUCAUCCCCUUCGCCUACGUGUCCUACGUCUCGGCCCCCUUCGUAACCCACGUCUUCCUCCGCCUGCCGCCUCACGCGCGCCAGUCCCGCGCCUUCCUGGAACGCUACGUCCGCUCCCUCCCGCCGACGGCCCAGCUCGAGAUCGGCACCCUCGGCCUGGCCGGCCGCCCGCGCGCCACGCUCGUCGCCGCCGCCGACCUCCGCCCCGACCCGUCGCGCCUCGGUCUCGUCACGCACACCCGCGACGUCUCGGCCCUGAUGGCCCGCAAGAAGUGGUACCACUACCGCCCCGUCAGCAUGUUCGGGCUUCCCGCGAAGGAGGGUAAGGCUUCCUCCGGCGGCGGCGGCAAGUCGAAGAACGCCGCCAAGGACGCGUGGGUGUACGACAUGAUCCGGCCCAUGUUUGGCAAGACGGGUAGGUGA